AUGGUCUUCACACGUGAUGAUUAUACGGUCGCAUGGAUCUGCGCCUUGCCGCUGGAAAUGGCGGCCGCGAAGGUCAUGCUGGACGAGGUCCAUCCUCCACUCCCCCAGCCAGAAACUGAUCACAAUGUCUACACACUUGGGAAGGACGAUAUCCGCUACAGCUAUGGCAUCACAUAUAGUCUCUACCUUUCGGAGUCUCCGGUUUGGAUUGAUAGUGGGUAUUAG